ACCACCACUUCCCGUCCUCUCUCCAGUCACUGUUUCCGAAGCCCUAAAGUUUUCAAGGUCGCCGAUUAAAUCACCAAAGGAGGCGUUUUUAUACUAUUCCCGGUUCAACACAUGGCGGAGGAAGAGGUUAUCGCUAUCCCCGUGCAGCCAUCUGACCACAAGCGCAAGCUUGAGAAUCUCGAAUCGGAGAUCCUCGAGCAGCAACACGCCGGCUCGAUUGAUAAUGACGUUUCUGUAGAUGAUGACAAAAACGCAUCUGAUUAUUGUCAGCCGAAGCGACCGAAGCUUGACGAUGAAGCUGUUGAUGGUUUAGGGAUUGGGGGAACUGUAGAAAACAGUGGUGAUGUUGAAUCCAAGGAGGAGGGAACUGAGAAACCCAUUGCUCAGAGUGAUGAGAAUCAAGAUGGUAAUCCUUUAAUUGAGAAAGUUCAGGAGACCAUUGAUGCUGAGGAAUCGGACAAUAAGAUGGAAGAUAACGGUAAGCCUGAGGAUAACCAACUAGUUACUCCUGAGGUUGUAACCUCUCAGGACGUUUCUGUUGAAGAAAGUAAGGAGGUGAACAUUAGCGGUUCACAGAAUGAAGGUGAGGAUGAUAGUAAGGAAACGAAUGAUGUUGUUGCUCAGAAAGAAGUUGAAAACGGAAGCAAAGAGGUCACUGAUUGUGACUCUCAGAAGGAAGAUGAAGCAAAUGCUGGUGGCGAGAGUAAGGAAGUGAAUGGCAGUGUUUCUCAUGAUGAGAUUGGUGACGAGAGUAAAGAAGUGAAUGGUGGUAGUACUCAUAAGGAGGUUGAUGAUACUCAGUCCACGACUCGUCGAAUAGAUGUCCCGAGUUCAAAGGUUGGCACGCUAAUUGGUAAAGGUGGGGAGAUGGUACGGUAUCUUCAGGUCAAUUCUGGUGCUAAAAUCCAAAUCCGGAGGGAUGCAGAGGCUGAUCCAAGUUCAGCUUUAAGACCGGUGGAAAUAAUUGGAACUGUUUCUUGUAUCGAGAAAGCAGAGAAGCUUAUCAAUGCUGUCAUUGCAGAGGUUGAAGCAGGAGGUGUACCUGCCCUUGCUGCAAGGGGGGUCCCAGAACAGAUGGAGAUUAAAGUUCCAAGUGAUAAGGUUGGUGUGAUUAUUGGCCGAGGUGGGGAGACUAUCAAGAACAUGCAGACAAAGUCGAGAGCACGCAUCCAGUUGAUACCACAAAAUGAAGGUGAUGCAUCUAAGGAAAGAACUGUUCGUAUUUCUGGUGAUAAAAGGCAGAUUGAUAUAGCCACCGCUUUGAUAAAGGAUGUUAUGUACCAGGAUGGAAGGCCAUCGCCCUAUUCUGGUGGUUUUAACCAGCAGGCUUACCAACCUCGAGGACCAGGUGGUCCACCUCAAUGGGGUUCGCGUGGUCCUCACGGGCCACAUUCAAUGCCAUACAAUUACCACCAUGGUGGACCGUACCCGUCUCAAGGCUCACAUUUCAGACCUCCCAAUUCUGGUGGUUAUCCUCCACAACAUAUGCCUCCUAGAAGUGGAUAUGGUUCUGGUUGGGAACAAAGACCUCCACAUUCUGGUCCAUAUGAUUAUUACGGUAGGCAAGGAGGUCAAAACCCAGGCCCUGUGCCUUCUCAUGGUGCUUCUUACUCCCAGGCAGGUGCUCAGCAGACUUACGGGCAGAUGUAUGAUCAGCCACACUAUGAUAAUCCUCCUAUGCAUCAAUCUUAUGGAGGAUAUGGUGGCUCCCAACAGGGCUAUCCAUCGGCAGGUGGUCAGCACCAAAUGCAGCAGCCAAGUAGACCUUACGGUAUGCAAGGAUCAGCCGAGCAAGGGUAUGGGCCUCCAAGGCCUGCAGCACCUCCUGGUGAUGUGCCUUACCAAGGUCCAACACCAGCAGCACCGUCAUAUGGUUCAACACCAGCAGCAGCAUCGUAUGGUUCAACACCAGCAGCACCAUCAUAUGGUUCAACUCCAGCAGCACCAUCGUAUGGUUCAAACAUGGCUCAACAACAGCAAUAUGGUUAUGCAUCAAGUGCGCCUACUCAGCAAACUUAUCCUUCAUAUAGCUCUGCAGCACCAUCUGAUGGUUAUAAUGGUACACAACCACCAGCAGUUGCCCCAGCUUAUGAGCAGCACGGUGCUCAGCCAGCUUCUGGUGUGCAACAAACUUCAGGUGGGUACGGGCAAGUACCUCCAACCGGUGGCUAUAGUUCGUAUCCCUCCACACAGCCGGCUUAUGGUAAUACCCCGGCUCAAAGCAAUGGAAACUAUGGAUACAUUGGCUCUCAGUAUCCUAGCUAUGGAGGUGGAAACGCAUCAGCAUAUGCUGCACCUACUGGCCAAACCGCUUAUUCCCAGACUGCACCUCCUCAGGCCGGCUAUGAGCAAUCAGCAACUCAAUCAGCUGGCUAUGCAGCUGCUCCAGGAACAGCACAGUGAUAUCAUUGUCGCUCAAAUCAGUACGAUGCAGACCAGGCUUAUGAUGUGGCUCGCUAGAAGAUCAUAUGUAAUGCAAGGUUAGUAGACUUGCAUUCCUAAACUGCACAUCCUGAUUGAGACAGAGCAUUAGCAGUUCCUCAGCUGUUCGUUAUGUCUUCUUAUAAUCGUUGGAUCUAAAUAUGCAUGACUCAUUCUCCCUUUAGAUUAUGUACUGUGAUCUGAGUAAACCCUAAUUCGCUCCUCUUCUGUAUCUGUACUGCUGCUAUUGCUUAAGGUGUUUCUAAGAAGUUGUGAUCACUUUUACAGUUUCUUGCUUCAGUUUUUGUUUUUUUUUUUUUUUUUUUCAGUAGAGUUAGGUUCGAGAGCCUUGUUACAGAAAAUCUUAAGCAUUGUCGACAGUAGAAAGUUUAUUAACA